AGCUUGCCAUUCUCGAGAAUCGUGGCUGUCUGCCCUUUUGCGAAGAAGUCUUUCCUGAAUUCUGCCUGUCUAUAAAUAUAACACUACCAGCAGAUUCUAUCGCGCACCCACAGGGCAGACAGACCGUUAUUCGUCGACGCCAAAUUUUCGUUCCUCACUAAUCUUUGUCGUGUGCCUCAGCUUUCAUCACCGCCUUAUUAUUCGCAUCUCUUCAAAUGGGUAUAUCAUCCAGACAUACGCAUGUAGUACUUCCUCGCCAAAUGAUCGCAUCUCUUUAUUUAAGAAGAAACCUCAUUUGCGGUGCCGUUAUUAUUCACAACCUGUGACGGUCAUCCUCGCCCCCGCCAAAACAGUUUUAACGCCGAAACCCGCUAUCAGCACUAUUAUCGGCAUGCCGCACUCAUCGUUCCCCGCCCCAUCCAUCCUCAAGACGUCCAAGUUGGCGUCGACGCUGCCAGCUGCAGCAGGAAGGAAGCGCAAAAUGAUGGACAUCGAUAUGUCCUCGCAGCCGACCUCCAUACCUUCCGAGGCCGACACCGGGAGUCCGGUCAAACGUCCGCGAGUCAAGUUUGACUCGUCCGUGGAGACUAGACAUCUACCUGACCUGUCGCCUGAAAGGCAGCAGCAGAAAGAGAAAAGCGUCUCCCUUGUUCGGGAAGAAGUUCGAAGAGCUAUCCAGAGACAUGUUUCGGGAGCAGACAGUGAAGCUUAUGAUCUCAUCAAGCAGGUUUUUGCUACUGAUGCAAGGAAGCAGGAGGAUGAUGAAUCAGAUGAAAUUCCCAGUCCGACAUCGAUGAAACGUCAUCUGAUGGGUCUACUGUCAAAUGUGUCUUUGCUAGAUGGAAACUGCUCUGGCCUUGUAAAUGCCGUGUUGAGUAGUGAGUGGCUAGGAAGAGACGAGCCAUAUGUCAAGCUUUUUAUCCGGUUCUUGGGGAAUUUAUCAGCGGCCCAUUCUGCGUUUCUGCGUCCGGUGUUGAAGAUGCUAGUGAACUACCUCGGAGAAAUCCCUAAAGGCACUGGACGCAUUCCCGGCUAUGCAAUCACCACUCAUGGAGAAAUUUACGACAGGGUUCACAUGGCGCUACGAUAUCUCAUGCAGCUAUUACCAGCUGGAAGUGUAACUCUUUCGCCAAUCCUGUCUGGCCAAUUUCCGUUUGAUACGGAUUCAGCACAGGCCAAUGUUUGUUACACCCGCAACUUGACUAGAAUUAUUGAAUACGUCCCUGAGCUUCAGGCAGAAAUCCUUGCUUUAAUCACCGAAAAGCUUGUUAAGAUCGAUGUGCAAAUUCAGGUCGACAUGGAGGAUUUCGAAGAUGAAGUUGGCGAAGGCCUCUUGGAAGACCUUUCUCGUCCAAUUGACUUGGAAAAGGGUGACGACGAAGACGAGUCCGAUAAUGACUCUGUAGCCAGCGAUGAUGAUAUAACCGACGUUGAAACGCGACGGCUCCGAGGAGUUAAGGAAAAUAUUCGCAAAAUCGAUUCAAUGAUUGACCAUCUAUUUGAGUUUUACUCCCCACCAUUUGCACAUGGAACGGACGACGAAAAGAACAACGCAUUAGAUCUGCUUAUUGCACAUUUUGAAGGCAUUAUACUACCUACCUACCGCUCUCGACACACCCAAUUCCUUCUUUUCCACUUCUCGCAGUCUUCGCCUGACCUUGUUGAGCGAUUUGCUGCGACUUGCAUCCAUAUCAUUUUUAGCAAGAGUCAGCCAGCAAUUAGACGUCAGUCCGCGGCUGCAUAUCUCGGAAGCUUCGUUGCGCGAGGCAAACAUGUAUCACCGCGUGUAGUACGUGAUGUCUUUGAUAUGCUAGGAGACCAUCUUGAUAACCUUCGCGCUGUACACGAGAAAUCAUGCCGAGGACCAGACCUCCGUCGAUACGGUCCCUUCUACGCAACCGCACAAGCCCUCCUAUACAUAUUCUGCUUCCGCUGGCGCGACCUCACAACGGCAUCGGAAGAGAACGACAGUCUCGACAACGACGACAUCGACCUUGAAGACGUCAACUUCCCUCAAUCCGUAAAGGAAGUCCUCCACCGCGCCAUCUAUUCCAAACUCAACCCCCUCAAGGUCUGCUCCCCGGCCAUCGUCUCCGAAUUCGCGCGGAUCGCCCAUCACCUGCGCUUCCUGUACGUCUAUUCAUUACUCGAGUCCAACAAAAGACUACGGAUGUCCACAUUCCGAAAUAUGUCCACCAUGGCAGACCCGCACUUCGCCAUCGUUGAGCGCGAAAUUAAAGCCGGGAAUGAUGGCGGAUACCAACUCGAUGCUUACUUCCCAUUUGACCCGUACCAAUUGCCGCAGAGUCGACGGUGGUUGGAUGGCGAUUAUGUCGAGUGGCGGGGUAUUCCGGGGCUGGACGAUCAGGACGAGGACUCAGAUAGUGCGGCGGAAGAUCAGGAUGCGGAUGCAUUUGAUGAUGAUGAGCCUACGGGUACGGACGAGGAGUGAUCCUCCUCAUUCCGCGAGAUAUACGGGCUAUUAUAUUGGACUAUAUAUGGGUUUGAUACCAUUUUUUUUGUUAUAUUGGGUUAUGAUGAUGUCAAAAGCUAGAUGAUUGGUAUUUACAUUAGCGCGGCGUCUGGGGUAAUCAAUUAGAUGAAUAUAUUACGCCUACAUAUACACUCAUUUGAUAAAUGUUUGAACAUAGCAGUGUUAAGACUUUCUGUCUUUCGUCUGCAUUUACACCAAUCUAUGUCAGAUUAGGCUUGAAGACUUCUCGCGAUCCCAUCCGUAGAAGUAAAAGGCUCAAAUAUUAUUAAUAUUGGUAAAGGAGG